CUUCUAAGGAAGAGCAGAAACUGUAAGUGAGGACUUCGUCGCUCUGAUUGAUGCUCUGCGUAAUGCUGCGUACCCAAGCCAAGCUAUCAAAUAUUGUAAAGGGCUGGCACCGGGCGAGUCGGGGCGGAGGCAACACGAGGAAAGGGAAGACUGUCUACACUAUCUAUUCGCCAGCACAAGUCCACCAUCGGCAGACUCGUUUUGGUAUUGGCUUACUUGGACAUGCCUGCUUGUCAUAUCAUUGCAUGGCUAUCGUAUCAAAAUCACUGACAUUGGGGAAGGAAAAUUCUUUUCGCAAAGCAGAGUUUCGACAUGCUCGUUUUUUUGCGGCACAGAGCCCUUCACCUGAUAAACAUGCAUCAUCGGGCGCAACUCCCUUAGUGAACGAGUAUCUCAUCGCAGCGUUAAUGAGGCAAACACAAGCGUCUUCUGCUCACAACGCUCAAGUACGUUUACUUAUUGAUUCGCCCCCUGCAGUAAAGGAAAAGACAGGCGAUUGCAAGCCGCGAACAAUCUCAGUAGUCGUAUCAUUGUCAGAAGCGAUAAAGAAAUCUAUCGAGCUCGACAAAGACCUCAUUGAGAUUGCACUCGAUCACGAGAUUCCGGUCGUGAAACUUGCAAAUAUCAAAGUCCUAGAAUACAAGCAAUCCAAAAUUUUGCAGAAGAAAAAAUCUUCAAUCCUUCCAGAAAAAGAAUUUCGCUUCCGCGCUGGAAUUGCUGAAAACGAUAUGACCCGCAAAGUUGACAAAAUGACGGAGGCUCUGGGAAAAGGACACAAGUGCCUCGUGCAGAUUCGUUGUCGUCGUCGUGAACUCUUGGUUGAUCCACAAGCCGCCCGCACUACAAUCCAACGCGUUCUGGACGCUGUGAAGGACGUUGGUGAACCGCUCAAAGCUCCUACUAUUCACCCAGAAGGUACUUCCGCACAGCUGUAUUUGCAGCCUAUGUCCAAGAAAAAAGCAUAAUCACU